GCGGUUUGGUGGAUGUGUUCGCGCGCUGACGUUGCGUGCGAUGCUGGAAGUUUGUUAUGGGCCACUACUUCGAGUCAACGAAACAUGAAGGGCUGCGCUACUACUUCGAAGAAGCAUGCAGACUCGAUUACGACGAAGCGAAAGAGAUUCUGAGCUCAGAACGUGCAGCAAGAGCGGUCUACCGAGAUGCAUGGAAGGAAGCGGACACCCUUUACAAGGUGAAACGUAAACAGUAUCCUUCACAUCGGUGGAAUGUGAUGAAAAAAGAGAACUUCGUGGCCAUUAUGUGCUAUACGCUAGAAAAGCCAAAUAUUUGCCGACAUUUCAACCAACUCUGCCGCGCCGCAACGCCUACGAAGGAAAGCUGGAAUUCCUUUCCUUUCAAAAGUCUUCUGUAUUUCCUAAUCAAUGCGUUCAACCGGUUGCCUGACUUCCAUGCACCCGUGGUGUUUCGAGGGGUCGACAAGUUUGUUUACAGCAACGAUGAAGCGCGCUUCAGUCAGUUCCUCUCUGCCUCUGUGUGUCCGCGACAGGCGGCCAAAUUUGGCCGUGGUGUAUAUCGCCUGGACCUGCGAGACAUUCCUGCUUCGCUAAUGAAAGACAUAAGCAUCUACUCAAUCUAUCCGAUGCACAGGGAAGUUUUGAUCUGGCCUUUCUGCGUGUUUACGCUAACAGCUGGGAAGGAGGAAGAUGUGAAAGUUCUGAAGUUCGAUCACAUGAAAACGUGGACUUCGCGCAGUCAUUUGUACAGCGCGCCUCCAUGUAGCAGAGCUACCGCGAAGACCAAAUCUGCCGAUCGCCCGUCGAUUUCCGGAGAGCAAGGUGCAUUUUCGCUCGGCGCCCCAAGUGCCAAGCGUGCCAAGCCCACGUCUCGACAAACAACUCAGGAACACGGACGCUUUGAACCGCCUGCGCUUUCUCCUGUCAGGAGAGAUACGCAUGGAACCUCAGCCGGAGCGGUAACUUCGGCGACCCUUGCCACAUGGGAAAGUCAGAGAGAUGUCAUUGGCAAAAUCAAACAGGACUUCGUGAUAACCGUACCACGCGACUCUUCCAACCAGCCUUCCCUCAAAAUCGUUCCUGGAGGCAUUCCUACACGGAACGCGAGCGUUGACAAAAUGGGUGCAAGGAUCAAUGUGGGCCAGACGCAUGCACACGCGCACUCUAAGAGAUUACAGCCUCCGCAACAAGUCACGCGGGCCACUGUCAUAACAAUACCGCAUGACUCUUCCCGUGAACCUUCUGCAAGAGCUCCUGACGGCAGACUGACAUGGAACACGUAUUAUGUUCCAGUGGGUGUAAGAAACAGUCUGAGUCAAGCAAGUGCUCAUGUGGAACCGACGAGGAUGGAGGCUGUGCACCAAGCUGACACCAGUUGUGAAAAUCGUAACGGCAGCCGUGGCCUGUGGAAACGGGUGGCAGCAGCAGUCCUCAUCGGUGUGAUCGUGCUUUUAGGCAUACUCCUUCUGUUGAAGUAUGCAGUGGGUGCCAUUCUAUGGUCAGCUCCUGUGCGGCGACGAGCGAGGAGGAGGCGUCCCGUCGGAGCCGGGAUGCCAGUGAUGCGUUGGUCACUUGAGAGGCCCCGCACCUUCUCUCCGCAAGAGAAUAUCACACUCCGACGUGAGCAGCAUCAAGCGCGUUCUGUGCUCCCCUCUCGCGUCCGUUUUCGUUACUAA